UCGGUUGCACGAACGUCAGUUAAAUUAACUCUUAGUUAAAACCGUAACUAGCUGUUAAUUUUUUAAUGGCAAGUUACAUAACUAGGAGUUAAUUUUGGGUUGCUCGAAAUAUUGUUAAGUGUCUAUUAGCUAACUAGGAUUUAACAGAGCGAACUUAGUUAACUCAUCGUUAAAGCCGUCUGCACGCGCGUUUACCCUGCCGUCUGACAGUGACAAUGGCGACUAAGCGAGAAAGAAGCAGUAAUUGGUCACUGUCAGAAAUCAGUAUUUUGACUGAAUUUUUUGAGAAAAAUGAAGAUGUUUUGAAGGCAAAGCAAAGCAAUUUGAUUACUAAUUCGCGGAAGAACGCAAAAUGGGCAGAGGUGACCGAAAUAAUAAAUGCAGUGGGCAUUCAGCGGCGCACGGUUGACCAGGUAAAAUUCAAGUGGGGUAACUUGCAGCAAAGUGCCAAGAAAAGUUUCAGCGCUGCACGGAAACAGGCUAAACUCACUGGCGGAGGCCCUCCACCAAAGCCCCCAACCGCGGCUGAAGAGAAAAUCAUCGAUAUGAUGAAAGAUCGACCUAAUUUCAGCGGCAUUGUUGGGGGCUUCGAGUCCUCAAUGCCCGUCACAACAGGGGUUUUAAAGGAUGCUGAGUUAGAUGCUCCCGGUACCUCUUCCUUUGUGGAAUACGAAGAAAGUCCGCAGGCAACUGAAACCGAAGCUGUUGAAGACGUUCAUGAAGUCGAAAAUUUCGACAAUACCAAUCAAAUUGUAAUACUUCCUUCUAUGCACAAUGCGGAAAAGGAAUCAGAGUUGGGGACCAAGGCCUGCACUUUAAAUGAACCCUCAGUAUCGGAUUCUCGACCCAAGAAACGAAAGAAAAUUUCAAUUGAUGAAUUGCAAAGAAUGCAGUAUGAGGUUUUAUGUUGUCAAAAGACACACAUCGGACUCAAGAAUGCGAAGAUUCAGAAGGACAUUGAGCGGUCAGAACUUGAAACUGAAAACUUGAGGCUGCGGAAUGCCAAGUUGACCCAUGAAAUUGAGCUCUUAAAACAAAAUCUUGCGCAAAAUGAAAAUGCCUUGCUUGCAUUGCAAGCUUUAUCUGAUGAGUAAAAAAAUUAUGAAUUAAAUAAGUACACAGGUCAUGUGUUAAAAUGUAA